CUUUGUUAAGUUUGUCACCAUAUUUUCUCUUUCUUAAUUCUGGUUUUUUUUGUUGCAAUAAAAAAAUUCUUUGUGUUUUAUCAUAAAAAUUCAAAGUAGAAAAACGUAUAAUUCGCAAAUGAUUAAUUCGUAUGCAUUGAUUGGUUUAUCGCAUCUAUUUUCGAUUAUCAUUAAACUGUCUAACCCAAUCUGACCUUUAGUUGCUGCGUCAUAGUACUGGACGAUUAAAAUACGUAUAAAGGUUUAUUAUAAUAACAUCAACAAACGAUAUAACUGUGUUCAGUUGCAUUUUAGAACCGUUCAUGUUCGUUACAAACAAGUAUAAUGAAAAAAACUAGUGAUAUUACUGCUGUUGUGAUAAUAGCCAUAGCAUUGUUCGUAGAGCAAUAUGCAUGUGUCGAUGAUUUGGUGUUCGUUCCGGUUAAUGAUCAAGUGACCAAAGAAUGGUGGCAAACUGCGUCUUUGUAUCAGAUUUAUCCGAGAUCAUUCAAAGAUUCAAAUGGAGAUGGUAUCGGUGACUUGAACGGAAUCACAGAGAAACUAGAAUACUUGAAAGAAAUUGGAAUUGAUGCAACGUGGCUAUCACCAAUAUUUCGUUCACCCAUGCAAGAUUUUGGCUAUGACAUUGCCGAUUUUUAUGAUAUCCAACCCGAGUACGGAACAUUGGAAGAUUUUGAUCGUUUAAUUAGCAAAGCACAGUCAUUGAAUAUCAAAAUAAUCUUGGAUUUCGUGCCAAACCAUUCGAGUGACGAAAAUGAAUGGUUCAUCAAAUCUGUUAAUAAAGAGCCAGGUUUUGAAGAUUUUUAUAUUUGGCAUCCGGGUUAUCCAGAUGAAAGCGAUCCAUCAAAACGAGUGCCUCCAACAAAUUGGCUAAGUGUCUUUCGUAAAAGUGCAUGGCAAUGGAACAUACAACGCGGCGAAUUCUAUUUCCAUCAGUUUUUAGCUGGACAACCUGACCUGAACUACCGUAAUCCCAUUGUUGUUGAGGAAAUGAAAAAUGUGCUUAGAUUUUGGAUGGAUCGCGGCGUAUUUGGCUUUCGAAUUGAUGCUGUACCUCAUCUGUUUGAAGUCGAAGCCGAUGGGCAAAGAAAUCUCCCAAAUGAGCCACGUAGCGGUAAUACAGACGACCCAGACGAUUGGUCGUACUUAAAGCAUAUUUACACCGUCGACCAACCAGAGACCAUUGAUAUGGUGUAUGAGUGGCGUGAAGUCUUAGAAGAACAUCGACGUCAGAAUGGUGGCGAAGCUCGUAUCAUGCUCACCGAAGCCUAUUCACCAUUGAAUAUUCUUGAACAAUACUAUGGCAACAGCACUCACAAUGGAUCUCAUGUGCCAUUCAACUUUCAAAUGCUCACACGAAUAAACAAUGAGUCGAAUGCAAACGAUUACAUUGCAUGCAUUGAUGAUUUCAUGAAAAUUGUGCCAAAGCAUCAGGUGGCAAAUUGGGUGGUUGGAAAUCAUGAUAAUCAUCGCGUGGGUUCCAGACUUGGUACAGACAGAAUUGACAUCAUAAACAUGAUUAUCUCAACUUUGCCUGGAAUCGAUAUUACAUACAAUGGCGAAGAAAUUGGAAUGACAGACCAAUGGUUAUCAUGGUCAGACACCGUUGACCCAGCAGCAUGCAAUAGCAAUCCAAAAAUCUAUGAGUUUUUUACUCGAGAUCCUGAACGUACACCAUUUCAAUGGAACGACGAACCAAAUGCUGGCUUUUCGACAUCAACUAAAACAUGGCUUCCAGUUGCCGAUAACUACAAAGUGGUCAACGUUCGUAAACAAGAGGCCGAUAACAAGAGUCACCUUAAAGUUUACAAGAGUCUGAAGGACCUACGACAAGACCCAACUUUGAAAGAUGGUGAUACAAAAUAUGUGGCACUAUCCGAACAAGUUGUUGCCAUUGCUAGGUACUUGGACGGGGAGAAGCUCUACAUUACCGUAUGUAAUAUUGGUCCAGCUGUUGAGAAAGUGAAUUUGAAAUCGAUUGGUAUUAAUGUGCCAGACAAAUUGGCGUAUCACAUCGUUUCUGUGUCGUCUGCACAUAAAAUCAAUGAAAAGGUUAAGUCGAAGAAUGUCAUUCUGCAGCCCCGCGAAUCAUUUGUACUACGAAGUGAUCAGGCUAUGCAUAAAAGAUCUUAUGAAUACUCCCUACAUGACGAUAGUGAAUUAUGACUAGCCGGCUUUUUUAGUGUGGUUUCGCAUUUCAUACCAACAUUUUGUCGAUUUAAAAGACCAUAAUCACACAAGCACAAAAGUGCAUAGAAAGAUAGAGAGAGAUUUAGAGAAUGAGAGAGAAAAAAAUGUUUUUAUAAUUGUUUUAAAUUUAUUUUUCAACAAUUUUGUUCAUCAAAUGCCCAAAUUGUACACAUUUUCUGAGUAUUACAACCGAAUUUUUUUUUUGAACAUUUUUUUCUCAGAAAGAUAAACUACUUAAACUAUAUAACAUCGUGUUAAAAUUUGCGGAAAAUAAGUUGCCCAAUGAAUUUAAUUCUAAUAUUAGUAGCCACAUAUUUUUUUUAGAUCAGUUUCCCAUUCAAUAGUUAAGUGCUUAAAUUAAUGAGGAAUGUAAGAGUUUUAACGACACUUUAUUAAUCAGACUUAUUUAAUUAGCAAAAGAAGAAGAGGCUAACUCAAUGAUUUGACUUGUAAUUUUGACAAUAACAUGUUAAACAAUCCAAAAGUUGAAUGCAAUAAAUGGCAUAAUUAAUCCAGUCAGUAUGCUUGAUAUCAAGUUAACAGAAUGAUUGUCAAGCACGCGAUUA